AUGAGGGCCUCAAUUGCAUCGUCACUUCUCUAUAUUGCUCUGGCUGUAGGUCAGAGCCUACCCUCACGCAUUGUGUACCAAUUCCCAACCAAGCCCAACUGGAUCGAAAACAUUGCCGUUCGCAGGAAUGGCAACCUUCUUUUACCUCUCCUUACUUCUCCCGAACUCUACCAAGUCGCCAAACCGUGGGAGAAGUCGCCAUCCACAGAGCUCGUCCACCGGUUCUCAGACUUGAAUGGCCUUCUCGGCAUCACCGAGACUUGCCCCGACACAUUCGUGGUGGUAGGCGGCAACUUCUCAGGCAUCGGUGUCAGCGUUCCCGGUACCUUUUCGGCAUGGGAGGUCAGCAUCGCAGACAAGAAGACCACGGCAAGCAAGAUCGUCAACGUCCCAGAGGCCGCCUUCCUGAAUGGCGUAGUCGCUCUGCCGUGGGACCGCAACAUUGUUCUCAUUGCCGAGUCCGCGCUUGGCAAAGUGUACAGACUCGAUGUCAAAGCCAAGAAAUAUGAGACCAUCCUAGGCGGUCAAGAUCUUGAGCCUGCAGCUGACGCGGUGCCAGCCAUUGGAGUUAACGGUGUGCGAAUUCGUGGAGACUAUUUGUACUGGAGCCACAGUUCCCUGAGAAAGGUCUUCAGGGUCAAACUUGAUCGCUCGGGGAGAGUUGCGGCAAAGGCCACCAUCGACCAGAUUGCCAAUGUGAACACCACCGCUGUGUUUCUCGACGACUUUGCUUUUGACAAGAAGGGCGGGAUCUGGGCCGCGACCAACAUUGAUAAUAAACUUGUUUACAUCACACCCGAGGGGAAGGGCACCGUCGUGGCCGGCUCAGAGACGGAACUGACUGUCGCUGGAGGGACUGCCACUGCUUUCGGACGGAAUGUCAAGGACAAGGGAGUCUUGUAUGUUGUUACUGGGGGAUCUCUUGCGUCUCCGGUCAAUGGAACAAUCACGGAGCCGGGAAAGGUAGUAGCUUUCGACACGCACAGCUAUGAUUUGUAA